AAUUGGAACUCGUCCCGAUUUGGCAAAUAUGUGCAAAUCACCUUUGGUAGAGGUGGAGAACCGAUCGGUGGCAAGGUCACAAACUUUCUGCUCGAAAAAUCACGAGUGGUCCAACAAAAUCGUGGUGAUAGGAAUUUCCAUAUUUUCUAUCAGCUUUGUGCUGGAGCUGGAAAGAACGUCAAAUCAACACUUGGUAUUGGUGAUCUCGAUUACUAUAAUUAUUUGAAUCAAAGCGGAGUGUACAAAGCUGCAGAUACAGAUGAUGCGAAGGAGUUUCAAAAUACACUUCAUGCCAUGACUGUCGUGGGAAUCAGCGAUGAAACGCAGCUCGAAAUUCUGAAGCUAGUAUCAGCUAUUCUUCACAUUGGUAAUAUUACGUUCAUGGAAGAGAAGAACUACGCUGCUGUUGACAAUCCUGACAGUGAGUUCUCCGAGAGAGUAAAGUAA